UAAACCCACUCGCCACGCAUACAGCCUCGUGCCUCAUGAGUUACACUGAAUGGUACAUGGGUCGUUAGCUACAGUGUGAAUUACGGUUGGAUGCGGAGACAAGAAGAAUCAAUUCAAAGAGCUAAACGCCAAGCACAAUGGAGAAAAAUCCCAGACAAACGUGGGCAAACAAAGUGGAUUUCUUGUUUGCAACUGUUGGAGCUGGGGUAGGAUUUGGAAAUGUUUGGAGAUUUCCGUACGUGUGUUAUCGAAAUGGCGGAGGAGUCUUCCUUAUCCCUUAUCUUGUAUGUAUUCUGUGCGUUGGUAUCCCCGUACUAUUCCUUGAAGCAGCUUACGGACAGUUCAUGUCAAAAGGCGUUAUAGGAGCUUGGAAGAUGUGCCCACUCUUUCAAGGUAUCGGUUUAGCUCAGGCUGUUUUAUGUUUCUAUUCCAACUUGUAUUACAACGUGAUCCUGGCCUGGGUCUUGUACUAUCUGUUCUCCUCCUUUACCACUGUCCUGCCCUGGUCAACCUGUGGAAACCCCUGGAACUCUGACAACUGCAGAGAACACCACUGGUUUGUCAACUCCACAAAUGCAACAUAUAAUUGGACGUCAUCGCAAAACGCCAGCUUCACCAACGUCAGUGAUUUUCGGGUAAUGGAUCCUGCGACAGAGUACUGGGAACAGAAAGUGUUAGGGAUAUCAGCUGGUGUGGAGUUCAGUGGAAGUAUAAAGUGGGACUUGGCCUUAUGUCUGCUACUGGCAUGGAUUCUCGUCUACUUCUGUGUGUGGAAAGGCAUCAAACUAUCUGGGAAGAUAAGCUACGUAACCGUGAUAGCACCCUACGUUCUCCUGGUCGUCUUGCUUGUCCGGGGCGCGACUCUGACUGGUGCAGGACAGGGUAUAAAGUACUUUCUCUUGCCUGACUGGCGGAAACUUGCAUCAGUUCAGGUUUGGGUGGAAGCUGGGAUUCAGGUGUUCUUCUCCUUCUGCGGAGGUCUAGGCAUUCACACAUCUUUGGCCAGCUGUAACAAAUUUCGUCACAACUGUAUGAAGCAUGGCCUCAUAUUUGCUGCGGUGAACGCUGGCACUAGUUUCCUCGCCGCAUUUGUCAUCUUCUCAGUUCUGGGCUUCAUGGCCAACAAGUACCAAGUGAGCGUGGCUGACGUGGCCGGGUCAGGUGAGCAACUAUGGAAGCCGCAUAAUACCACUCUAGCCAUACUCCUAACAGCGCAUGUGCCCCUUGAGGUGUUCGUUUGA